UAGCUAGCAUUAGCAAUGCGGUUGUCCGCCGGCAGGAGAACGUCGCAUCAUCAGCAUCACCGAUUCUCAAUGACAAAACAUUACCCAAACCAUUUCGUUUUCCUCGCAAGGUUACGAACAGCAACCUCCUUGACAGAAGAUAAGUAUGCUAUUGUAUUACGUUUAUAGUGUGACUGUUUCCUAAGUAGUCAUUUGUUUUAAUGCCUGGAAGAGCAGAGAUGGCACUCGGCCUACUUUAGCAUCAUCUCUCCAACUGUCAAGAAAAUUGAAUUUCGACGUGUAUUAUUCACCCUUAUUGUUAAUUACUCAGAAACCAUGAACGAAACACUAAGGAUAAAAAAACAAGUGGUUAAUUUCCUUCUAGAGACAAUGAUAACUUUAACCUCCAGUGAAUGACUGGUUAUGAUAUCAUGAAAUUUUGUUCACUUUAAUAUCUCAAUGGCGUGAUGAUUAUAACACACUCAAAUGAUUGGAUAUUAAAAUAAUAUUUAGUUCACUUCUAAUUAUAUCCAUUAAAAUGGAUAUACAUAUAUUAUCAUAAUUAUAAUUAUAAUUUCUAAAUAUGGGGGUUAGGGACAGUGUGUACUAAUAACUUAUUUUUUGUUAGAGAUGAAUCGCUGCUCCUUGGACAACAACAAUUUUCCUUAUGACAACAAUGUCCUGGUUCUGGACAUGGUGCUGGGCUCCCUUUGUGGACUGACCCAGCCCAUGGACUGGGACAGUGUGGCCAAGCUAGUCCCGGGCUUCACUCCCAAGGAGUGUGCUGUUCGCUUUGAGGAACUGAAAAGCUCUGGAGGUCUUCCUCAUCUGGACAACCAGUGUAACUCCGUGACAGCAGAAGAGCCUAACAAUGGACUGACUACCAUGCUGGACACCGGCCGCAAACCGUCACCCUCAGAAAGUGUUUGUGCUUUGGAGAAGAAAGACAAAAGAGAUCUUAACAUGGUCAUUCACGUGUGUGACGAGGCCAAGAACCUGAAGCAGGACUUCACAUGUCCCAGAGACCUUCUCGUCAAAGAGAUGCGCUACUUCGCUGAGUAUUUGUCUGUGGACUCGCAGAGAUGGGAAGAAGUGGACAUCUCAGUUCAUUGCGAUGUUCAAAUCUUCGACUGGCUCAUGAACUAUGUCAGGAGGAACUCAUCUAAGGACAAACCUCGGCUCGAGCCCAGCAAUGUGAUCUCAAUCCUGAUCUCCUCCGAGUUCUUGAAGAUGGACAUGUUAGUGGAGGAGUGUAUCCAGUACUGUCACAAACACAUGAGUGCCAUCGUGGCCACACCCUGCAACAUGAACUGCAUCAACAGUAACCUGGCCUCACGGAUUGCCAAGCUCUUCAACCACAAUGAGGCAGACGACAUCAGGGACAAAAAAGACAAGUUCAAGAGCAAACUGUUUCAGAAGAAGAUUGAAAGUCUCUUUGACCCGAAUUACCAGAACCGAGAUUCACCAGGAAACGCCUCAACUCUUUACAGGUGUGGUCUGUGUUUGAAAAUGCUGACUGAAGACACGCAGAGGAAGAUUUCUUGUUUGUCAGGAAAAAUCAACAUUGACUAUCACGGAGAGAUUGUCUACACCCACUCAAGGCAGAAGAACUGGGAUGCCAAUGAAUACAUCAGCAGUCUCUAUGAGGAGCUCAAAUCCUGGGUCCUGGUCUACUGGAGAAUCUGGGGAACCAUCAACUGUCUUACUUGCUCCCGUUGCCAACAGGAGUUUGUGUGUGCAGAGCUGACCCACUGCCAGUACCACCCAGAAAGUGUGAUGUACCCCAGCACGGGUUCUGACAAAAGCUGGAAUGGAGCAGGAAUCUAUCCGUGUUGCAACCAGACGGUACUUCGUUUUGACCCCACUGGUAUGGUAAAGGGUUGUAAGAUGCGAGAUCACAUCGUGAACGUACCAAAUGAAGAGAACUGCGACGAGGUCACCUCCGCCCACACCCGAGUCCUCAAUGAUCUGCUGCUGCACCGCGACGCAGUAUGUGCGCCUAACUCACUGCCUGCUGAUGGAUCUGAAGAGUGCCCAAGCAGUGCAGAGAAGGACUGUGAUGUCUUCUUGGAGCCAACACUCCUCGGACCCCAGAGAGCAGAAGGCAACACUUUUUCUCUUUUGAAAAACUGGAGUCUUCAACUGAGGCAGCAGUCUCAACUGUCAGAAGACGAGGAGUAUACUACAGGGUCAGAGGUCACUGAGGAUGAGGUGGGGGAUGAAGAGGAGUUGUCCAAAAAACAAGCUGCCAAGAAAGCCAAAAAGAACAACAGAGCUUUAAAAAAACAAAUAUCCUCUCCUAACCUCCACAGAAAAGUCAAACCAGACAAACAGCUGUGCAAGGACAACACUCCUUUCACAGUGAGUGUUCAGAAAAGUAAGUGGGACAGUUCUCGCUCCCUGCGGUACAACCAGGAUGCUCAGAGGGAGGAAGACCAGCGUCGUAUGGCCGAGAUUGUCAGCUACCUCACCAACAUGCGCUUUGGAGGCCAGGAGCUGAACAAGGCCAAGGACACUAAAGAGCCAGCAGGCGGAAUCUACUCCCGACUGGAAGUGCAGUUCAAGAGCACCUCUCAGAGCAGACAAAGUUUGGACAAGACACCAAGACCUAAAAUACGCUACGCUCAGAUCCGGACCACUUAGAGCAGCAGGACUAUGGACACUGAUGAAGAAGAUUGACCUGAGCUUUGUCCAGUCAUCUAAAAAGGUUCUCCACGACCCCUCACCCCCACCCUGCUCCAGCCAGUCAUCGCCUCUGCUACACUAAGGUGGUCGUGUCGUGUUUGUGCAGCUGUGCUCUGUCCUUGAAAAACAAGGAGCUCCCCGGACUUCACUAAACUGCUAGAUUGUUCUCUUUGACUGCUGGAGCGCCUUCUCAAGUGGAUCUGGACCAUUUAUUUUUGUACCGCAUAAAGUGAGAGGCAGGCAUCUAGGACAACAUGACUUUUAGUAGUUGUGGGGCGUUUAGACGUGUAUAUGAACACAUUAGUCUAUUCACUGACCAUUAACAUCUACUCUUGUUGGGGUGUUGAUUAUUGAAGAAUGGUGUCUGAGGUCAAACUACUUUCUGCGCUAAAGGAGCUGAGCUGCAACUUUAGUUGAAUCUGAGGAAGAAAACAACACAUUUUGAAUAAUUGAUUUAAUUAAUCUAUUUUUUUUUUUUUUUUAUGUAAUGCAAAUCCUCCCAAGUCAAACAAGGAAAUUCAGUCAAAUGUCCACAAUGUUGGCAAGUGUAGUCAUGAAUACAUCGCUAUUAUCUUUUUGUCCGCUAGAGGGCAGUAAUAUGCCAUUUCUCGGUCAACACAUCAAGUUUUGACUUCCAAUUUAUAACUGCUUUCUUCACUUGGCAUCCACAGGACCUGUGUGUGUGUGUGUGUGUGUGUGCCCUCGGACCCCAAAUUGAAUAUGCAGCCUUUUAGCUAUAGAUAUGCACAUGUACAAAUAACAAUAUGAUUAACAGUGUAUUUAAAUAAAUUAAAUGUGUAAAGCAAAGACAACGUUGUAAAAUUCUCAAUUUUAAUCAGUUCAAAAAGUUCACAACAAAUGUAACACCUUGAGAAGGGAGACUGGGUACUUGUAUACAUUCUUUAACCUAAUUUAAGUACUCUAGUAUGUAUUUGCUGUAUGGGUUUAUUUGCUCAGAACUCAAAACAUAGGAAUGAAAAAUACAAAAUUGAAUGUAAACCCGGUUUGUUUUGUUUGCCAUUUGUUGAGUAGGAAUAGUGUCUUGUCCUGUAUGGAAGUUCAAUAUGUUGAAAGCCAUUUGAGGAGUUAGAAAGAUGCAACCAAAAAGCCAUAAAUACUUCCGACAACGUCCUUUCAACGUCCCAUUAAUGGAGGCUCACAAGUGAGCAACAAUCCUCUUAGAGGAAAACAAAAGCCUGAUGUCGACUAGGCGACAGUAUACACACGCACACACACACACGCGCACACACCAAAGAAACAAUAGAAUAAGAGGAAAAAAUGUUCCCAUGGUAUUAAAGAUGCUAUACAAUUGGGAUGAUAUGCACAAGUUUGCAUUCCUUACAAAAAGUGUUGAAACUUACUCAGGUUACACACAAACCAUGAAAAAACGCUGACUCAUCAACUUAGCAUUUCCCCAAACCUUCAUUCAAUAGCCGUUCGAUUCACAUUCUCCCACCGAAAACCUCACCGCCACGAUACAAGCCUGACGCAGACUUAAUGCCAACCCUGCCCGGACCGUGCGAAUAUACAAUAUUUAUAUAUCAACAAAUGUAAGGGAGACGGAAGGAACAACAAGACAAGAUGGUUAAAGUGUCCUCAUCAUGACAAAAAGCAACUUGUGGAAACAUACUGGAGAAAAAGUCUGAGUACAAAAGGUACGUGAUGCAAAAGGGCCACAUUGAAUCAUUUACAGUUGUCUCCGCUGAGGGGGCGGAGCUGUCCAUCACACUCGAGUGCCUUUCUUGGGUUGUGUUUGCCGUGGUUUGUUGUUCGGUGUGUCCUGUACACUUCCAUGGAGCCUCAGUCACACAUCUCCUCUGGGAUCUCGUGUGGGUUGAGGAUGCCAGGGACUGACAUUUGGAUUUUGUGUUUCUCCUCCUGAGCCUGACGAAGCGACGCUUCCCGCUCCUCCAGGAAAAGGUCAGAGGUGUCCUCGCCGGCGAACUCCUGAGGAGGAGCAGACAAGCUGGUUAGAUGACGGACUGUCUCUUCUUUGGUUUUACUUUUUUCUUGAUUGCUGCUCAGUUAGCAUGAUGACACUCGUAGGCAUUAGAGAAAUCCCCAUACAAUUCUGCUAUCCGAUUUGGGGCCGAUGUCAGCAAAACAAGUAUCGAAUUAUAUCGACUUGGAUCUUACACAGCAGCUACACAACAGCUAAGCGCACAAGCUUGAUGUAUGUAAUUAGUGUACUUAGAACACCAUUGCAGCCCAACUACGACAUUUGUCAAUAUAAACAAGUAUCAAAUAAUUAUAGAUGCAUAUUACUUACACAUACAAAGUCUCCAAGACAGAAGCAUAUUUUGAAUGUAUCCAGUAACAAACGUGUCUGCAUUAUUACAACUUACCGCGUGAACUUAAUUAUUGUGGUCACUGGAUGUUGCCAAAAAAACAAUUACCAAUAAUCAAGACAGUGAUCUGGAUCACCCCCAAAAAUCUAUUCACUUGUUCCUUAUCCCAUUUCUGACAUUUUCUGAGUUAUUCGUCAAAAUCUGCCUAUAUAUUUUUGAGUUACGUUACUAACUAUCUAACGUCUGGCGGUGGCAAAUAAAGCUCCCUUAAAUGUGCAAAUAUUUUGUGUGGUUGCUAACAAUCUACAAAAUUAAAUUAAAAGGGUGCAUUUUGUAAGAGUCAAGUCAAGGUUAAUACUACCAUGUUAUUUUGAAGACUACUUUGCAUUGAACAGGAAGUCACUAUGUGCACGUUUUAAUGCUGUGUAAGUAAACAGUAGUUAUGAGAAGGUGUGUCCAAACUUUAGGCCUCUACUAAUGUGUGUGUGUGUGUGUGU